AUGGGUGAAUCAAGACAAGAGCUCGUCCAGUGGCUUAACAGCCUGCUGCAGCUCAACAUCACCAAGGUCGAGCAGUGCGGAACAGGAGCUGCACUAUGCCAGAUCUUCGACAGCAUCUUCAUGGACAUUCCGAUGUCUAGGGUCAAGUUCAACGUUAACACGGAGUACGCCUACAUCCAGAAUUUCAAAGUGCUACAGAACUGCUUCGCGAAGCACCGUGUUGAUAAGCCCAUCCCCGUCGAGGCCCUGGUGAAGUGCAAGAUGCAGGACAACCUCGAGUUCCUGCAAUGGACGAAGCGCUUCUGGGACCAGUACUACCCCGGUGGCGAUUACGAUGCGGUCGGGCGAAGGAAGGGCGCACCAGUCGCGGCCGGCGGUCCUGCUCCGCGUGUAGCAGCUGGCAGCGCGGGUGCAAGAAGAGGUGGCACAACCCCAACAACUGGUGCGCGAGUUGGUGCUAAAGCCGGCCCGGCCUCUGCUGCCCUUCAGCAGGAGAAUGCUACGUUGAAGGAGACUGUCGUCGGCCUCGAGCGCGAGCGAGACUUCUACUUCAGCAAGCUACGGGAUAUCGAGCUCCUCGUCCAGCAGGCCGUCGAGGAGGAUCCCGAGCUCGAGAAGCAAGAAGAUGGCCUCGUCAAGCAAAUCCAGACGAUUCUAUACUCGACCGAGGAGGGCUUUGAGAUCCCUGCGGAGGGUGAAGGUCUCGACGACCAGGAGACGUUUUGA